AUGUACCAACCACCAAGUCAAGAGCUAAAAAAUAGCUUUAGCGUCUGUGAUGCUCCGAACUGCUGUAAGAAGUCUCUGGCCUACACUGACGAAGUUCAUUUGCCGUCAAGUGUUUGUCUGCCGAGACUGAAUUUAUGUUUGUGCGCGAAAAAAAAAGUACACUUCUUCCGUUGGGCUCCUCUUAAGCGAGCCUUUGUACCUCCUCCCGAAGCGGAUGAUCCGAGUAUUGCAUUCUGGCCGUCGGAAUACUCUGUUGUAGAGCCUGCAAGGUCUCUGCAAUUUUGCGGUUUAGAAACUCUAAUGAUUGCCUCACGAUCUAACUAUAUGCGUUUGAAUUUGGUCACAAAAGAGUUUCAGAGGAUUUCUACUUCAGCGAAAGUGACAACUACCCUUAUGAGUCCAUUGCCGUACUGUAUGGAUCCCAUUACUUUCGAUGAAGUUGGAUCCACAAAGACCUCAACUGACAUAAAAUCUGAGGAUCCAGAUGUUGCUAAGUUGAACUGUUGUGAUAAAUGGGUUGUUGGGGCUUCAGCACCAUUUGUAUUCGCCUCAGAUGAAAGUUUUUUCGUCCUCCUGCCUGAUGACGCUGAUGUCAAAAGCACUCCAGCUUGCACGUGCUCGGACAUCGCCCAGUGCAUUCAAGUCUUUCCUCCCUUUCUUCUUGUGGGCCUUCCGAAGCAAUUGGAAGUGCAUUCUCUUGAUCCUAGCCUUUUAAUGCAAACGUUUACGAUUCCACGAAUUCGUUCAAUGUGUUCCAAUGAAUAUGGGUGGCUGUAUGCAUCAGCUGCAGCAUCACUAUACCAUCCAGAUGACUCGCAACCAUGUCUUUCAGCAGAUUCAACAGAAUUGCCUUCUAUGAGUCAAGGGAGUGAUGUCUGGCUCCUUCUUUCUGCCAAUCGUCUUCAGUUUGUUCAAAAACUUGUCACUCAGAGGGAAUUCGAGGUGGCACUGCGAGUGUCAUGCUUUGCAAAAAUCUCGGGACAACCGCAAGUCACGACAAAUCCGAUUGGGGCCCUUUUUGCCUUUUAUCUAUUUGACACCAAAAGGGACUUUGAAAGCUCUUUUCAGUUAUUUUACAAGCUUAAAACGGACCCAACUCUGGUCAUUGGAUUAUGUCCUGGUUUGCUUGUUGAAGAGGAAUCAGCCAAUCUGCGUUAUCCGUCACCUCCUGUUCCUCUCGCGGAUUCCGAUAGGGAUACAGUUUAUGAGCCGCUUAUUACAUUUCUCGCCCGAUGGCGGAACUGUCUUCGGCGCAGCCGUCCUCAGGAAAUGAGCUUAGAGGAUUUCCUUGAACAAUCCGUUCCUUGUGGUGUUAUUGUGGGUUGUGGCAUAGAGCAAAGACGUCGACGAUGUUUACUCCAAGUUGUCGACACGACUCUCCUGAAAUGUUAUCAAGUAACUAACGUCGCUAGAAUCGCACCUCUUUUGCGACAAGAAAACUAUUGCUUACUUGAGGAGGCGGAGAGAAUCCUCAAGGCCAACAACCGCAUGAAGGACCUCGUCACACUAUAUAGGAUGCGCGGUUUGCAUUGUAAGGCGCUCCACUGUCUCGCAUCAAUGGUUUCGGAUGAUGACACCGACAGCAAUGCGGCCACAGAUGGACAGUUGAACUACAACAGUAUUAUCAACUACCUGAAAUGCCUUCCGGGUACACCUUUCGAUUUGGUUGCAGAAUUUGGUGAGGAUGUGCUCAUACAUCAUCCUAGAGUUUGGAUGAGAAUUUUUGCAGAGUGGGAACGCCAAAUUCGACGGAGCACUUUUGAAUCAAAUAAAACAGAGUACUAUUCUUUGAUUGCCUAUCGUGAUAAAGCAAUGCGAUACUUAGAACGUCUGGCGCCACAUCUACUCAUACCUUUUCUCGAGUGUAUCAUCUUUAGCCCCUGCAUCUGUGAAGGCGGCGAAGAAGAAGGACUGGAUGCACUUGACGUACUCAACGAUGAAGGCGAUUUCGACUCCUCCGUCUUCUUCAAUAAAGGUUCCUCGUCUUUCUCACCUUCCAGAUCCCCAUUGCAAUGA